AUGUCUCGGUGUUUUCCUUACCCACCGCCGGGGUAUGCUCUGAGCAGAGUAUCCAAAGAUGCCUUGAUCGAAUCGAUUAAGCUCCAAAAUGAUAAGGCGAAAUCUAAGGAACAAAGGAAGGAGGAGAAAAGGAGGGAGAAAAAAGAGAAACGGAAGAAAGAGAAGAAAGACAAGGUGAAACAUAAACAUGACAAAUCCAAUCUUGUCCCUAACCAGUUUGGUGAGAAAUUACUGCCAGUUACAGAACUUGCUGAGCCCCAACAACAGUUUGAAGGAAGUAGCGUGACUGAGGAGUAUGGUAAGCCGGUGUGCUUGCUUGCGCCCAGCACUUCCUCCGACAGUACAGAAAACAGCAAAAAGAGGAAGAGACUUUCUUCACCGGUUGAAGCUACCCUUUCUAAUGGUAAAAUUAUUCGUAUUAAACUGCCUGUAAAGAAGCCGAGCCAACUUAGUGUCUCCACCAAUGAACAACAACAACAGCAAACAUGUUCCACUUCUCAAGUGGAAGAUGUUACUAUUUCGAAAAACGAGAGAGAUUGCUCGACCUCUCAGCCCAUUGAAACUCCCAUUGCUCGGAAAACAGCAAAUCCACCCGAGCCCAGUGAAGUAGUUAUGACUCCAAUGCAGAAACUGGAGUUGCAAUAUAUCAAUUUAAUGGAUAGCUUGGUGCCAUGUCAGCAGCAGGAUUCAUUUAUCGAUGAAGCAGAUGAUCUUGAUUGGCUCUUGAAGAGCAAGAAUCGGAAAUCAUGCGCGGAGAAGAAAAAUGUAUCUGGAAAUGAAGUUGUGUUGGGCUAUGGCAGCUCGGGAUUGUGGCCACGUGCACAGUAUCUGAAGGAUGUUGAAGUGUACGCGUUGCCUUACACAAUUCCUUAUUGA